AUGCUCAAGUCCCUCACCCUGCCAUCCUCGUCACAGCCCGUCCUUGACUACGUCAUGUUUCCACACAUUGUGGAGGAAGUUGUGUCCCAUGUCGAUAUCCCCACCGCCAUCUCUGUCCGCGCCACCUGCAAGCGUCUUCGCGACCGCAUUGACCAGCGACUGUUUGAGCACAUCCUCGUCCACAUUGAUUCUGGAGUGACAGGCGAGGCGGAAAUUCUCUCUCCGUACCAUCCAUUCUACCGCCUCCCCUGUCUUCCCUACGACAUGGACCCGGCCCCGCCCCACCCAGCUGAGCGUGAAGUCCUGAUCGACUCGCAAGACGAACUGAAGGAACUGGAAGAAUACGGGGUGACGCUCGCUACACCACGGGGCCAGUCGCGUGAGCGUCAACUGGCACUUACGCGUGUGUUCGACUGGCACACGACCACGUACACCAGUGCGAGCACCUUGAUUCGCCUCACGAAGGACCUCCAGGCCGUCAACACUUUCAGGAGCCGUGGCCCUCCAGCGUUUUUCCUUCCUCAUUAUUUCAUGUCUGUUGAUCUCGCCAUCAACUGGGCGGACGCGUCGUCGGUGUCUGGCGACCGUCUGAGUUUCGACGCGCCAAUGGAUGCCAAGCGCCACCACAUCCACAUCGUUUACGACAACAGCCUCGCCGCGCGUGGCGGCGUCAUCCCUCCCCUCCUCUCGUGUGAUAAUGCGCGGGAGAUCGUUGUGGUCCUGGAGCCCUCAAUGCGCACAGGCAAGAACGCGACUGCCGACUGCGCUGGCGACAUGGCCCCGGUCCGUGUCGACGACCAGACUCGCGACGACGGAGGAGCUUUGGGGCCGAUUGUCAAGCACCUGUCCUCUGUCCUCUGCUGGAACGGCAGCAGAGCCCUGUUUGUGGGCCUCGAACGCGUCGUUCCCUCCGUCCUGAACCUGCCGUGGUACCUCAAGGGCGUCCCCCUUGUGGAUGCAAUGCGCCGCUGGAUCGGCGACACCGUCCAAGAACAUGUCAAGGAGCACCUCGAAUUUAGCUCGUGGGGCGUGGAGGAGCAAAGCGAGGCCAUGUCCAGCAGGGUGUCGUUCAUGACGCUCGAAGAGUGGACCGCUUCCCACCCGGCCGACUCUAUCCUCACGAACAAGCCAGAGUACGAGGCGCGUUAA